AUGGCUAGAGCUAUUGAACAACUCACCGCUUUGUUGACCGAACAAGCGAAAAGAGCUGGGAAUGGAGGUGGACACCAACCAGCAGCGGAGGAUGUUUACCACGGAUUGGACAAGUUUCUGAAACGAGAUCCACCAAAGUUUGAAGGGGGUUACAAUCCCGACGGAGCGUAUGAAUGGAUCCGAGAGUUAGAAAGGAUUUAUGAGACGUUGGUAUGUGCUGACCCGCGUAAGGUUGCUUUUGCUAGUUAUUUACUUUCAGGAGAAGCUAGGACAUGGUGGACUGGAGUAAGAGGAAGGAUAACUCCAGCGGAAGGAGCCAUAACCUGGGAGAUCUUUAAGAAUGCGUUUCUGGAAAAGUACUUCCCGGCGGAUGCGAAGGGAAGGAAAGAGAUGAAAUUCUUAGAGUUAAAGCAAGAGAAGUGUAGGAUUUUUGAGAAAAAUGAGAAGUCCAGGAAGGAGUACUUGAAGGGACAAGGUGUUAAUAAGGCACCGAAGAAGAAGGAAGAAAGAAGGAAGCCCUACUUUAGGCCACCCGAGCAAGUGAGAAAUCAGUUCGGAAAUCGAACAGGAGGAUCUGGAUUCCACAACAGGACAAGUGGAUUCAAUCCUAGCAAUCCAUUCUGCGUAAGGUGCCGAAAGAAUGGACACCGCGCUACGGAGUGUAGAGCCGUGUUAGGGGAACAGGCUAGUACACAGGCUAGCGUAAAUGGGAAUCGAAACCCUACCGCUACAACAGGCGAGGGAAGUAGCAAUGGUGCACCGGCACCAAAGGAUAACCGGAAGUUUGGACGACCCGCGAAUAAGGGGAAAGUGUUUGCAAUGACGCUGGAGGAGGCAGUUGAGGCGCCAGAACUUAUCCAAGGUACGUGUUAUGUUAAUAGUUUUCCUUUAAGUAUUUUAUAUGAUUCGGGUGCAACGUAUUCAUUUAUAUCACAAGAGAGGGUCAAACAAUUAGGUAUACCAGUGACAAGUUUGGCAUGGGACUUAGAAGUAAGUACCCCAACUAGAAAUACUUGUAGAACCUCGAAGGUUUGUAGAGACUGUAGGUUAGAAACCUUAGGAAGAACCUUUAGGCAAGACUUAGUGUGCUUACCCUUAGAAGGAUUAGAAGUAGUAUUAGGAACAGAUUGGCUAGCGGCCAACGAUGCAACUCUGAACUUUAGGAGGAAGACGGUUACUUUUGGGACUAGCGAAGGAGACUCUCAGCGGACUAAGCAAACCGAAGAGGUAGGAAAAGCGCCCGAGAGCGAAUCGAACGUACUUUUAGAAGCACUAGAUGAGGAUAUGGACGACUUAGGUAUAGAAGGGAUACCCGUAGCAAGGGAGUUUCUCGACGUUUUCCCUGAGGAAGUGUCUGAGUUACCACCAGAAAGAGAAGUCGAGUUCUCUAUAGACUUAGUUCCUGGAACGGGACCUAUCUCUAUAGCCCCGUAUAGGAUGUCACCGGUGGAACUAGCGGAGUUGAAGAAGCAAGUGGAGGAGCUUAUGGAUAAGAAGUUUGUGCGGCCGAGUGUAUCCCCUUGGGGAGCACCAAUUCUUUUGGUAAAGAAGAAAGAUGGUGGCAUGAGGUUAUGCGUAGAAUAUCGGCAACUAAACAAGGUGACGAUCAAGAAUAAGUACCCAUUGCCUAGGAUUGAUGAUUUGAUGGAUCAGUUAAGAGGAGCUGAAGUCUUCUCCAAGAUAGAUCUACGAUCCGGAUACCAUCAAAUUCGAGUGAAGAAGGAAGACGUACCGAAGACGGCCUUUCGGAGAAGAUAUGGGCAUUAUGAGUAUUUAGUUAUGCCGUUCGGAGUGACUAAUGCACCUGCGAUAUUCAUGGACUACAUGAAUCGUAUCUUUAACCCGUAUCUCGACAUGUUUGUUGUGGUCUUCAUUGAUGAUAUUCUGAUCUACUCGAGGAGCAAGCGAGAACAUGAAGAACACCUCCGAAUAGUAUUGGGAAUACUAAGAGAAUGGCAGUUGUACGCCAAGCUAUCCAAGUGUGAAUUUUGGUUAGAAUCUGUGCAAUUUUUAGGACACGUGGUGAGUAAGGCAGGAAUAGCGGUCGACCCUGCGAAGGUAAAGGCAGUUGACUCAUGGGAAGCACCCAAGACGGUUACGGAAGUGAGAAGUUUUCUCAGACUGGCAGGAUAUUACCGGCGAUUCAUCGAAGGAUUUUCCAAGAUCUUGAUGCCAUUAACCAAUUUAACAAAAAAGGAUCAGCCUUAUAAAUGGACGCCAGAGUGCGAAGCGAGCUUUAAGGAACUCAAGAAAAGGCUAACUACGUCACCGAUUUUUGUAUUGCCCGAUCCCGCAAAGGAAUUUGAAGUGUAUUGUGACGCGUCAAAGAUGGGACUAGGAUGCGUGCUAAUGCAAGAACGGAAAGUAGUAGCGUACGCAUCAAGACAACUUAGACCUCAUGAAGUGAAUUACCCUACUCAUGACCUGGAGCUAGCAGCAGUAGUGUUUGCGCUCAAGAUCUGGAGACACCACUUGUAUGGUGCGAACUUCACGGUGUUUAGCUAUCAUAAGAGUCUGAAGUAUCUAUUUGACCAAAAGGAGUUGAAUAUGAGACAAAGGAGAUGGGUAGAAUUCUUGAAGGAUUACGAUUUCAAGUUACAGUACCACCCAGGAAAAGCAAAUGUGAUAGCAGAUGCGCUGAGUAGGAAGAGCUUGCACGUCUCAGUGAUGAUGAAAGAGGAACUGAAGCUAUUGGAAGCGUUCAGAGACCUGAACCUAGCUGUGAAACUGCGACCAAAGCAGAUGAAGUUCGGUAUGGUUGUGGUAACAAGCGAAUUUCUAGAGGAAAUUAAGCGAAGUCAAGAGGAAGACCAGGAUUUUCUAGAGCAGAUGAGAAAAAUGAAGGAAAGGAUGACAGCAACAAUGGCUAGAGCUAUUGAACAACUCACCGCUUUGUUGACCGAACAAGCGAAAAGAGCUGGGAAUGGAGGUGGACACCAACCAGCAGCGGAGGAUGUUUACCACGGAUUGGACAAGUUUCUGAAACGAGAUCCACCAAAGUUUGAAGGGGGUUACAAUCCCGACGGAGCGUAUGAAUGGAUCCGAGAGUUAGAAAGGAUUUAUGAGACGUUGGUAUGUGCUGACCCGCGUAAGGUUGCUUUUGCUAGUUAUUUACUUUCAGGAGAAGCUAGGACAUGGUGGACUGGAGUAAGAGGAAGGAUAACUCCAGCGGAAGGAGCCAUAACCUGGGAGAUCUUUAAGAAUGCGUUUCUGGAAAAGUACUUCCCGGCGGAUGCGAAGGGAAGGAAAGAGAUGAAAUUCUUAGAGUUAAAGCAAGGUAUGAUGUCAGUAGGAGAGUAUGCAGCUAAGUUUGAAGAACUGUGUCGGUUCCACCCACAUUAUAGUGCAGCGGCUGAUGAGACCUCAAAGUGUGUCAAGUUUGAAUAUGAACUGAGGCCAGACAUCAGGACUGCUGUGGGACAUGACCAGAUUCAACUUUGCUACUCUGGUAGAGAAGUGUAG